AUGUAAUGUAACAAAUUUAUAAUAAAUUUUUUCGUACUUCAUAGAGAAAUAUAUAUAUUGUAAUAAUUAAAUCCGAAUUAUUAUCCAUAAUUAAGAUUAUUACUUGCAGAAAAGAUUUCUUCAAUAAAAUAAUUGAAAUCAUCAAUGUAUUAUUUUAUUCAUGAUUUUGAAUCAGCAUAUGAAAUUGCAAUUUAAACUAAGAAUCACAAAAUGAUUGGAUAAGUUUUAGAAUAUGAAGGUAAAUAUUAAGAGGCUAUUUAAGAUUAUAAAAAGAUAUCAGUCCAAGUUGUUCUUUUAAUUGUGCGAUGUUAUAGAAAAUCAUAUCAGAUAAAAGUAAUUUAGAAGUAUAAUAAUCUGCAAUUGAUAGUUUUAAUAAUUUAGCAUAAUUUUAAAAAUAGUAUGUAAUGAUUGCUAAAAGCUUUAGACAGUUAUUAUUAAAACUUUAAAAUUAAUACCAAUUAAUAGAUAUAAUUAAAGGAUCAUUAGAAGAUGUCAACAUUUGUGAUUCUAGAAUGAUAUAAUCUUUUUAUGCAGGUUCUAAAUAAUUUUAAUUAAAUAAUCAAUUUAAUUAAAUUGGUGAAAGUUACACCAUAUUAAAAAGUUAUGAUUCUAGAAUAAAUGGUUAAAAAAUGAUAGUUUAAUCAUUUAUAAAUGUUAAUACUGAAAGUGAGACUAAUAGUAUCUGUGAUUAAUUAUCAAAUGAAGAUAAUAUUCAAUUGAGGAUGUCAGUUCAUUUUAAUUUCCCUGUUAGAAAAGAUAUUGAAUUUUUUUAUCAAAAUUUAACAAAUAACAUUAUAUCUAAAAAUGAUUACUAUUUAGAAAUAACAUUAGAUGAAUUUGUUAAAAAAACUUAAUUUUUGAAAUAUGAAAGUGCUGAUUUAUUCAAUAAUAAUAAUUUAGGAGAAAAGAUUGAUUAAGGAGGGAAUAUUGAAGUUUAUGGUUUAAUAAUAUAAAAUUUAUAAAUGAAAAUUAUAGUAAAUAUAUAAAUUCUAUUUUUAAGAAAAAGAAUAUAUGAUGAUGAAAAUUUCGAAAUUUAAAAUAAACUUUUAAAAUAUUUAUAGCAUGUGAUAUUACUAUAUCAAAGAUUAAAUAUUUUUUAAGAAUUAAACACUUAGAAUUCAAGCUUGAAAAAUUACAUGGAUAAAUUAAAGUUUAUAAAAUUAUCCUUAUAAAAAACUCUACAAUAAUUAUUAAUACUUAAAAAUUUGAAAAGAAAUUGA